UGUCAUCCACUGAGCCAGGGAACUCCAGCAGAGAAAUCAACUUUAGUUUUGGACAUGGUACAACAGAGAUACUACAAAAACCCCAAGUGGAAACUUUGGGUCAGGAACAGCAAUAGGGACUUGGAAGUCAUUACCAAAGUGGUGGGUGAAGUGCUGAAGUAGGAGAAGUCACCCAGGAAGGGAGUGUGGGUUGAGGGAAGCCACUGACGUGGCAGAAAAGGGAGGGAAAGCAGGUGAGGGGCCUCAGGCGCCAGCUGACUUUCCAGGCCUGGGGCGAGGAAUGGGUCAAGGGAACAGGCUGCAUAAGGAGCCACAGGGAACGGGAUGUCUUCUUUUAUUUCCACUAACGUGACAUGUGGGCUGUGUUACGGGCUUUGCUUCUUUAGCCCGCACUGGAUAGCAGAGAAGGAGUCUGUCGGCACUUGGGAAACGUUAUAAUCUGCAUGACUGCAAAUGACUCAAAGCUUUGCUCAACUUUUUGGAGGGCUAGGGGGCCUUGGCAGCCUUCCAUUUAGAUGUUUUCUGGAGACUGUUGGCAGCUGAAGGAGCCCCAGGGUUUCUGGGUGGCCUGGUCCUGCCUGUGGAGUGACUGAACUUAGGGGCCUAGUCCUGCCUCCAGCCCUCCCCCUGCUGCCCGCCCAGGCCCGCCUGCCCGCCCCUGGGUAUGCUGCUUUGUCAGGAGAAGCAGAGGUGUGGACACCGUGGAUGAAAUGUCUUUCCUCCAGGACCCAAGUUUCUUCACCAUGGGGAUGUGGUCCAUUGGUGCGGGAGCCCUGGGGGCUGCUGCCUUGGCACUGCUGCUGGCCAACACAGACAUGUUUCUGUCCAAGCCCCAGAAAGCGGCACUGGAGUACCUGGAGGACAUUGACCUGAACACACUGGAGAAGGAACCAAGGACUUUGAAAGCAAAGGAACUAUGGGAAAAAAAUGGAGCUGUGAUUAUGGCUGUGCGGAGGCCAGGCUGUUUCCUCUGUCGAGAGGAAGCUGCGGAUCUGUCCUCCCUGAAACCCAAGUUGGAUGAGCUUGGCGUCCCUCUCUAUGCAGUGGUAAAGGAGCACAUCAAGACUGAAGUGAAGGAUUUCCAGCCUUAUUUCAAAGGAGAAAUCUUCCUGGAUGAAAAGAAAAAGUUCUAUGGUCCACAAAGGCGGAAGAUGAUGUUUAUGGGAUUUAUCCGUCUGGGAGUGUGGUACAACUUCUUCCGAGCCUGGAAUGGAGGCUUCUCUGGAAACCUGGAAGGAGAAGGCUUCGUCCUCGGGGGAGUUUUUGUGGUGGGAUCAGGAAAGCAGGGCGUUCUUCUCGAGCACCGAGAAAAAGAAUUUGGAGACAAAGUAAACCUACUUUCUGUUCUGGAAGCUGCUAAGAUGAUCAAACCACAGACUUUGGCCUCAGAGAAAAAAUGAUUGUGUGAAACUGCCCAGCUCAGGGAUAACCAGGGACAUUCACCUGUGUUCAUGGGAUGUGUUGUUUCCACUUGUGUCCCUCAGGAGUGAGAAACCCACUUACACUCUAUUCUUAGUAUUGAUGAUGAAUGUAUUUUAAUACUCUGUUUCGGUCCAGUAAGGCAAAAUAGCCCCAAAACAAAACUGACAGAAAUCUAAAAAAGUAAUGAGAAUUAUUAAGCUAAAACCUGGAAAAUAAGAAACUUAAAAUUGACUGCUGGGCUGGGCGUGGUGGCUCACGCCUGUAAUCCUAGCACUUUGGGAGGCCGAGGUGGGAAGGUCACUUGAGAUCAGGAGUUCGAGACCAGCUUGGGCAACUUGGCAAAACCCUGUCUCUACUAAAAAUAAAAAACCAGCCAGGCGUAGUGGCGUGCACCUGUAGUCCCAGCUACUCGGGAGGCUGAGGUAGGAGAAUCACUUGAACCUGGGAGGUAGAGGUUGCAGUGAGCCAAGAUCAGGCCACUGCACUCCAGCCUGGGUGACUGAGACUCCAUCACAAAAAAAAAAAAAAAAAAAAAAUGCUGUGCCUGAUUACAAAUGUGUAUGGUGUUUGAAUGCUGGUGUUUGAAAUUAUUUUUCUUUUCGGGUCUUCAAAAACCUAAGAAAAGAGAUGAUUGACUUGAAGAUUACAGAAUUUAAGGUUUUUUGGCUUCUGUGUUUUCUGUUAAUAAUUUGAUUCAUAAUGUCAAAGUAAUACUUCCAUAUAAUAGAAUUGGCAUGCUCUGGGAUAGUUUGACAAAGGUAAAUUAUUAAGUGGAAUCUCUCAUUUUAUUGUCUUCCAUUCUAACCUCAGAGAUUUGUUUCUGUAGAAGAAAUGACCAUCUCUGGCUUUAAUAAAAUUAUGCAUCAGAAAUCA